UCAGGCGCCGAGAUUUGUUCUGAAAAGUGCGGCCGGUGCGACUCUUUUAAGUUAUAUAAGGGUGCAUCCUCUGGAUCCUCGAUUCAUUCGUAUCUCGCGCACCGUCGUGUUUAGUUAGUGUCGUGUAAACCCCUUUCCGUCAAAAUGAUGAAGAUUGCCAUUUUAUUAGCCGCCGUGUGCGCUGUAACUCUCGCUCAAGAGACCACUCCCAUUCCCAUCGUCAAAUUUGAGAGGGAUGGACCCAACGUAGAUGGAUCGUACAAGUUCAGCUACGAAACCGGAAACGGGAUUGCCGCAGAAGAGGCCGGAGCUCUGGAGAACCCCGGAGUCCCCGAACAAGAGGCCAUCGCAGUGACCGGCUUCUACCAAUACACUGGCCCAGACGGCGUCCUCUACAAGGUCACCUACACCUCCGGCAAGAACGGUUUCGAGCCCCAAGGCGCCCACCUCCCAACCCCACCCCCAGUCCCAGAAGCCAUCGCCAAGGCUCUCGCCUACAUCGCAUCUCAACCCCCACAGCCUGAAGGCGCCGGCAGCGCUCCCGUAGCCGCCUACCAAAGACCCUCCGCCGCCGCCCAACACGCCGCCCAGUACCAGCCCGCCGCCUCCGCCCCGCAACCCGCCUACAACGCCGCACCCGCCUACAAGACCCAGGCCACGUUUCCGUCGCAACCCGCCUACCAGGCCGCCGCCUCCGCCCCGCAGCCCGCCUACCAGCAAUACCAGCCGGCCGCCUCUGCGCCGCAGCCCGCCUACCAAGCUGCCCCCUCUGCCCCGCAGCCCGCCUACCAACAAUACCAGCCUGCUGCCUCCGCCCCACAGCCCGCCUACCAGGCUGCACCUAACGCCUACAACCCAGCCUCUGCUUUCCCCAAGCAGCGCGCCUACAGACGAGUAAACCGAUCCCCCAACAGGCGUCAAUUCAGAAACUACUAAAGGCGGAUUGUAAAGUUGCUUGGCUGAGCUGAAGAAUUACAGAAUGGCCAAGGCUUUUGGUUCAAGCGGAUUCCUCCUUUGCUUAUUUACCGGAGUUCUUUUGAACCAAGAGCUUUGUCUUUCCAGCGAGUUCUAUCGGAGACAUAGUGAUUUUUUUUAGCAAUCCAAGCAAUUACGUAUAGAUUUUAUUGUAAAUCGAGAAUUCUUCGGCCAUACGACGUCAUCUCAACAUGUUCGCAUGAAUGGUCAAUUAGGCUGUCAAUCAUUUGGUUUUGAAAUUGCAAGAUCUCUGACUCUAACCUGUUGUUCAUGUAAAUGAAUAUUGUUACCAUUAUCAACCUCGAAUUAAGGAUAUUAGUUUUUAAAAAUUUGCACGCUUAAAACCCUUUGAUUUUUAGCCCAAUUUUGCUUUCCGUGCGAACUCUAACUAGGCAAACUAAGUGCUGAUCUUGACUGGUCGAUUCUAGUAAUUGAGAAGAAAUUGUUGAACAUCCAGAGUAAAUAACCAAGUUAAGCUGGAGCCAAUGUCACACUAACCCUGUAAAUUGGCUCUGAAAAACAGACUACAAACACAACUCUCUGUGGGAUAUAAAACCAAUGAGCCCUUGAGCUUUCAAAAGCCACAAUGAUCUCCUGGCCAUAAAUAAAAUCUAGGCCUCAAAAACCGGUGCCUCUUCUAGAAAUUUUGCUUUCUUUUCUUUUUCUAUGACUUUCGAAUUGGUGGAGAAGUUUAUCUACUACUUGAAAGACGAAUCAGAGAGCGCAGAAAAAUUUUUAGACUUGUCACUGGUUCUGAUGCUUAACUUCAGUACAUUCUGGAGCAAGCUGUGAUUUGUGAGAUCUCUCCCGCUAGGGAGAAAAAUUGUCAUUUUUUCAGGUUUCCUUUUCAUAAAAGAAAAUCUGAGAUUAAGGAGCAAUUAACCAUGUACAUUUCUUGUUUAUAUUUUUUCUAUCUGCUUGUAACUGUAUCCGAUACUUAAAACUCGAAGAAGCAAAGCAACCAAUCAAACUAGAUGUGUCUUUUUUUCUAGUCUGUUCUACCUUUCCAGCCGUAAGCCUGGAUAAGAGUGCAAUUUUUCUCGAGGCGGGGUGACCCCCGCCUUGGAUUUUCAAACGAUUAAUAAAUUUUGAAUGAAUC